ACAUCCUAGCAGUGCGCGCUGGGCGGAUAUACCGUCUUGAUCAACGAUAGUCGUUCCUUCCGGCUCCGGUCCCUUCUCAAGUGGAAAGAUGUUGAUGCCCAAAAAGAACCGCAUUGCUAUCUACGAGCUCCUCUUCAAAGAGGGAGUCAUGGUGGCCAAGAAAGACGUCCACCUGGCCAAGCAUCCCGAGCUGGCCGACAAGAACGUCCCCAACCUUCACGUUAUGAAGGCGAUGCAGUCUCUCAAGUCCUGUGGGUAUGUCAAGGAGCAAUUUGCCUGGCGUCAUUUUUACUGGUACCUCACAAAUGAGGGUAUCCAGUACCUGAGGGACUUCCUCCACCUCCCCCCUGAGAUCGUCCCCGCCACUCUGCGCCGCCAGACUCGUCCUGAGACUGCAAGGCCCAGACCAAAGGGAAUGGAGGGAGAGAGACCCGCCCGCCUCAACCGAGGCGAGGCUGACAGAGAUGCCUACAGGCGAUCUGCUGCACCCCCUGGUGCUGACAAGAAAGCAGAGGCUGGCGCUGGAGCUGCUACAGAGUUCCACUUUAGAGGCGGGUUUGGACGCGGCAGAGGACAGCAGCCUCAGUAAAUUUGACUGUUUAUUACAAAUAAAGAAAAUCAAAAUCCA